UGACGCGACAGUCGGGGGCCGGGCUGGGCUGCGGCUCCCGGGAAGAAGAAGAUCCUCUAGAAAGCGCGGUCAGCGUUGCCGCCGCCGCCACUUCGCCGCAGUAGCCGUGAUGCUCCCCGCUCGCGGUCCUCCGCUCCCCGGAGCCCCGGCCGCCGUGUCGGGUGCAGCCGAGCAGGAUGGCUCUAACUCUGUGAGGACCCCAUUGCUUCUAUAAUUGUGUGUGAGAAGGACUGACUCCCAGAACACAGCCUGAUUCUGACCCGUCAGUAUGGGGAGGAUCGGCAUCUCCUGCCUUUUACCUGCUUCCUGGCAUUUUAGCAUCUCUCCAGUGGGGUGUCUUCGAAUCCUGAAUACCAACUUACGCCAAAUUAUUGUCAUCAGCAUCCUUGCUGCUACUGUCUCACUUUUAUACUUUUCUGUUGUCAUAAUCCGAAAUAAGUAUGGGCGACUAUCCAGAGACAAGAAGUUUCAAAGGUACUUGGCACGAGUUACUGACAUCGAAGCUACAGACACCAAUAACCCCAAUGUGAACUAUGGUAUCGUGGUGGACUGCGGAAGCAGUGGGUCUCGAAUAUUUGUCUAUUGCUGGCCAAGGCAUAAUGGCAAUCCUCAUGAUCUGUUGGAUAUUAGACAAAUGAGGGAUAAAAGUCGAAAGCCAGUGGUUAUGAAAAUAAAACCUGGCAUUUCAGAAUUUGCUACCUUUCCAGAGAAAGUCAGCGAUUACAUUUCUCCACUCCUGAACUUUGCUGCAGAGCAUGUGCCACGGGCAAAACACAAAGAGACCCCCCUCUACAUUCUCUGCACGGCUGGGAUGAGAAUCCUUCCUGAGAGUCAACAGAAAGCCAUUCUGGAAGACCUUCUGACUGAUAUCCCUGUGCAUUUUGACUUUCUGUUUUCUGACUCCCAUGCAGAAGUAAUUUCAGGGAAGCAAGAAGGUGUGUAUGCUUGGAUUGGCAUUAAUUUUGUCCUUGGACGAUUUGAGCAUAUUGAAGAUGAUGAUGAGGCAGUUGUGGAAGUUAACGUUCCUGGUAGUGAAAGCAGCGAAGCGAUUAUCCGAAAAAGAACUGCGGGUAUUCUCGACAUGGGAGGCGUGUCAACUCAGAUAGCAUACGAAGUCCCCAAAACUGUAAGCUUUGCCUCCUCACAGCAGGAGGAAAUAGCUAAAAACUUAUUAGCUGAAUUUAACUUGGGAUGUGAUGUUCACCAAACUGAGCAUGUGUACAGGGUCUAUGUGGCCACGUUUCUUGGAUUUGGUGGCAAUGCUGCUCGACAGAGAUAUGAAGACAGAAUAUUUGCCAACACAGCUCAGAAGAAUAGGCUCCUGGGUAAACAGACUGGUCUGACUCCUGAUACUCCAUACCUGGAUCCCUGCUUACCCCGAGACAUUAAGGAUGAAAUCCAACAAAAUGGACAGACCAUGUACCUACGGGGAACAGGAGACUUUGACCUGUGUCGAGAGACUAUCCAGCCUUUCAUGAAUAAAACAAAUGAGACACAAACUUCUCUCAGUGGAAUCUAUCAGCCCCCAAUUCACUUCCAGAACAGCGAAUUCUAUGGCUUUUCUGAAUUCUACUAUUGCACUGAGGAUGUGUUACGAAUGGGGGGAGACUACGAUGCUGCUAAAUUUACUAAAGCUGCAAAGGAUUAUUGUGCAACAAAGUGGUCCAUCUUGCGGGAACGCUUUGACCGAGGACUCUAUGCCUCUCAUGCUGACCUCCACAGGCUAAAGUAUCAGUGCUUCAAAUCUGCCUGGAUGUUUGAAGUGUUUCAUAGGGGCUUUUCGUUUCCUGUCAAUUACAAAAAUUUAAAGACUGCAUUGCAAGUUUAUGACAAGGAGGUUCAGUGGACCCUAGGAGCAAUCCUUUAUAGGACUCGCUUUUUACCCCUAAGAGAUAUCCAGCAGGAGAUUUUCCGGUCCAGUCACACUCACUGGCGGGGCUUCUCGUUUGUCUACAAUCACUACCUGUUUUCUGGCUGCUUCUUGGUGGUCCUGCUGUCCAUCCUCCUCUACCUGCUGCGGCUCCGGCGCAUUCACCGGCGGACACUGCGCAACGGUUCAGCUGCCACCCUCUGGAUGGAGGAAGGCCUUGCGGCUCAGAAGGUUGCUGGGACCUUAUAAGCCUGGGAUGUAGAGAGCUCCAGGGAGACUCUAAAGGAAAAGCCAUUUUUGCCUCAGGGUUUCUCCUUUUUAUUCUCAUUCGGUUUUGUUUUUCCUUAUCCUUUUGGUUCCUUAAAACAAAAACAAAAUACAUUGUUUUCAGGCCUUGCUUCUUAGAAAUACUGCAUUUAGCCAUUUUGGAUACAGCUUUAAAUUAAGUAGGGAAAUGGGAAUUCACUUGAGUUUUGCUGCCAAAAUUUAGUAAGAUUUUCGUUUUUUUUCUAAAGUAUGUUAACUUUUCACCAAAUGCACUUUGAUGUUGGGGGAAAUGGAAAAGACAACUUCUAUCAAUGGAGAUAGGACUGAAGAGUGACACUUUCACAGAACCAAAAAUGUAUUGACUGAAAUUAUAAUCCUUUUUUUUUUCCCCAUCUCCAUUUUGAAAGCUCUAACUGAAAGAGGUUAAUGUUUAAUUUUUGUUUCUCAUUCGGGUAUGUUGCUGUAUGUUUACCUUGCAGUUGUAAAAAUUCAAAACUGUUCAUAGCCAAAACAGAGAAUAUAGGUACCAGGAGGUAACCAUUUUUAAAACUAAUAAUGAAGAAACCUGUACAUGAGCUUUGUGUGUGCACAUGAGAAAAUCCUAAGGCAGCAGAAUGAGGGAAGGUAGUCCUCUUACUUUUAAAAACAGACCUUUCUGAUUUUACUGUUUCAUUUCAUUUUAUUUAGGGGUGGGCAAAUUCAUUAUGUUUUCGUGACCACAGGAAUUCCUUUCUGUAUCCCUUCUUUUAGUGGCAUUAGAACUCCUUUAUUUUCGAAAGAAUUAGAAAAUUGAUGAAGUUUCACUGGUUUUGAUGUUCCUAGACCUAGAUCUUGGGCCCACUUACAGGCACUGCAGUAUUUCUUAGUAGUACAUUUUUCCUUGUUUAAUUGUACUCAGUUUCUUCCAACUUCAAGUUGACAUUUUCUCCCUUAAUUCAAAGUAGUCCCAGCAGAUUGACUUCACAGACCUCCUGAAACUCUUUGUGUUACUGCUGUGGUUGAAGUUGUGUCGGCAGUGCCACUGUGAAUCCAGACUGAGGGCGUGAGUUCAAUACAUGAAGUAAACUCAUGUUAUGAAGAAAACAAAUUUGACAUUUUAAACAAAAGCCUAAGAAAGACACCUAGAUUGGCAUAUGUGAUAACAGUUUUUUUCUGCCAAUUUAUUUAGUUUAGAAGAUUUGGGAAUUCUCAUAACGGUUUUUAGGUGUUCUUUUUGUGUGUGUGUGUGUGUGCUGUGUUUUAAUUCCAGAAUAGUUAAAUUCAUGUAGUUGUUAGCGUAUGUGUAUGUUGAGAACCAUCAGCUGCUUUUUAAAAAAUCACUGAUUAGAGAAAGAAUUCAAAUUCUGAAACCCUUAUUUAACUCAGAAAAAAAAAAAGUUAGUUUAUCUUAAUGUAAAAGAGCGCAAAUUUAUGAAAGAAGUGCAAAUUCUCUUAGUCUGCUCUUCAAAAUGAAUAUCCAGCAGUGAAAAAAAUGUUAGAAUGUUUGCAUCUCAGAUAUGCAGAAAGUUGGAGGAGCUGUACGGUAUUACUGCAUUUAAUGUGUAGAGAGUCUUGUUCCAGAGAGCACGGAGAUCUAUGUCUCCAUAGAUUUACAGACUAGCUUCUGAAAUGCUGAUCUCCAGCUGUUGAAAUCCUUGGUCCCCAGUAAACACUCUUCCUUAUCAAGAUCCAGCCACAAAUGAGCUGUGUCAUGGAUACCUCAGAAAUGGAGUGAGCUGGUGUGCUUCUCCUUGAAUUCUUCGAUAGGGUUUGCCCCAGCUGGGUGCAUUAGUGGUGAAGAGGAAGUAUGUUUACACUUUAGUUUUUCUACCAUCAACCACUAUGUACUAAUAAGUCCCUAACCUGUAGAAUGAAAAAUGUUGACUAUCCAGAGUGUGUUAUUUUGCUUUUAAAAUCAAGGCAAGGAUAAGCCAGUGUAGUCACAGAUUUAAAUAGGCCUUAAUUAAGACUUCCUACUGCAAAUAGCCACUUUCUAAAUAAAGGAUGCUAAUUUGGUCCAGCUGUAACUUUUAGGGGACAGAGUAGCGACAAACACAGAGGAGCUCUACUUUAAACCUGACCUGAGGAGCCCUGCUGCAGGAAACUGUCUCCUCAAAACAGAUCCUCAAGCUAGGAGCCUAAGGCCCAGACAGCCUUAUACUUGAUAUUGUUAAGCACCCAUGUUCCCCUGACAAAGAAUUCCUUGCAUCAGGGCAAACUGUCUCCUGCAGGCCAGAUCUGGCCCAUGGCCUCUUUUUAUGAGACCCAUGAGUUAAGAAUGGCUUUUAAAUUUUUAAAGGUUUGUAAGAAUUAAAAAAAAAAAAAAAAAGAAUAUACAACAGAAA